AUGGCUGUCGGCAAGAACAAGAGACUUUCCAAGGGAAAGAAGGGCCUCAAGAAGAGAGCCCAGGAUCCCUUCACACGAAAAGAUUGGUACUCGAUCAAGGCGCCAUCCACCUUCAACCAGAGAGAUGUCGGCAAGACCCUCGUAAACCGAACCACCGGUCUGAAGUCCGCCAACGACGCCCUCAAGGGCCGAAUCUUCGAGGUCAGCUUGGCCGAUCUCCAGAACGACGAAGACCACGCUUUCCGCAAGGUCAAGCUCCGAGUCGACGAGGUCCAGGGCAAGAACUGCUUGACCAACUUCCACGGUCUCGACUUCACCUCUGACAAGCUCCGAUCCCUCGUCCGCAAGUGGCAAACCCUGAUUGAGGCCAACGUCACCGUCAAGACCACUGACGACUACCUCCUCCGCCUGUUCGCCAUUGCCUUCACCAAGCGCCGACCAAACCAGAUCAAGAAGACCACAUACGCUGCCUCGUCACAAAUCCGAGCCAUCCGCAAGAAGAUGACCGAGAUCAUCCAGCGUGAAGCCACCAGCGUCACCCUCGCCCAGCUCACCGGCAAGCUCAUCCCCGAGGUCAUUGGCCGUGAGAUUGAGAAGAGCACGCAAGGAAUCUACCCUCUCCAGAACGUCCACAUCCGAAAGGUCAAGCUGCUGAAGGCACCAAAGUUCGAUCUCGGUGCCCUAUUGGGCCUGCACGGCGAGAGCACGCAGGAUGACUCCGGCCAGAAGGUCGAGCGAGAGUUCAAGGAGCCAGCACCUUUGGAGAGCGUGUAA